AGGCCGUGAAGUUGAUCUGUUUAUGUCCAUGUGUUAAAGGCUGUGAAAUGGCAGCGCAAAAUAAUUUACCGGAUCUUUUGAGGGUUUAUUACCAACGCCUUUUCCCAUACAAUGAUUAUUAUCGAUGGUUGAGUUACGGCAAUGGAAACCUCUUUUCACGCAGAGAAUUUUCAUUCACGGUUCAAGACGAUGUUUACAUUAGAUUUCAGGCCUUUAAAAAUUUAAAUCAACUGAUGACUGAAAUGAAAAGGCUUAAUCCCCAUAAAAUUGAUAUCGGAGCUGUUUACAACGUUCCGCCAACAGAGCACAAAUAUGAAACAAAAUUCUUUCCCGUCGAAAAAGAACUGGUAUUUGAUAUCGAUAUGACUGAUUACGACGAGGUAAGGACUUGUUGCUCCGGAACCGACAUUUGCAACAAAUGUUGGAAAUAUAUGUCGAUAGCUUGCAAAAUUAUUGACGCUGCAUUGAGAGAGGAUUUCGGAUUUCGCCACAUUCUCUGGGUAUUUUCUGGGAGGAGAGGAGUUCAUUGUUGGGUUUGCGACAAGAAAGCUAGAAGCCUAAACGUGUCUGCUCGAAGCGCAGUUGCCGAAUAUUUACAAUUAAUCAGAGGUGGAGCAUAUAUGAAGAAAAAAGUGAAAUUGCCACAAAAGUUUCACCACUCUGUCGAACGAGCAUUGGAAAUUAUAAAACCCGUUUUUGUUCCGAUGUGUGUUGAAGAACAAAAUAUGCUAGGGACCGAGGAAAAUAUGAACAAAUUUCUAGAAAUUAUUCAUACCGAAGAGGAUAUGCGAGCUGAAGUAAAAACGCUUCUUCAUAAAUACACAACGAGCAAAGCCAGAUGGGAAGCAUUCGAUCAAUAUUAUACCCAACAAUUGCAAUCGAAUUCCAAAAAGUGGCGCACAAGGCAUUUGAUAGAAGAGAUAAUGAUUCAAUAUUCAUAUCCGAGAUUGGAUAUCCACGUAUCCAAGGCUUUAAACCACUUGCUGAAAUCUCCGUACUGUGUUCAUCCGAAAACCACAAAAGUCUGUGUUCCUUUCAAUCCAAAAACCGUGGACAAUUUUGAUCCAGACACUGUUCCUACCAUUCAAACUCUUCUCGAUGAAGUCGACGCUUAUGAUGCUAAGGAAUUAGCCCGGCAAAAAGAGGAAUCCAUCGAUGUAAGGAGGAUAAGAGACUACAAGAAAACCAGCAUGAAUAAAUCCUUACACAUCUUCCAGGAGUUUCUGAGAAAUUUGGAAGAUUCCAACAGAGGGGAAAAAAUCGCACAAAGUGAUAUAAAGAUGGAAUUCUGAGGAUAGCUCGAUGUUGGACAUCAAUUAGCAGCUAGUAAAUUAUUUUGAUUUUUAUCCAGAACUAGAAGAAACGUAAUAUUAACGACUGAUUUGCAUCUUUGGUGGACUUGUAAAUAAUAAUACAUAUUUUCUACAGUAUUUUGUAUUUUCAGCAUGAGAUUAAACUGUUUUUUUAUGCA